AUGGGGGCCUACAUCCGGACCCCCGGCUCCUGUGGUACGGGGACGUUCGGCCGAGUCUUCCUGGUCAAAGACAAGAAGAGUAAAGCCUUCUUUGCUCUGAAGCAGAUGAAGAUUUCUGACGUGAUCCGCCUGAAGCAGGAGCAGCACGUCCACAACGAGAAGGAGGUUCUGACAGAAGUCAGCCACACGUUCCUCAUCAGGCUCUUCUGGACUCACCACGACGAGCACUUCCUCUACAUGCUGAUGGACUACGUUCCAGGCGGUGAACUCUUCAGCUACCUGCGUAGCCGCGGACGAUUCAGCAACAACUCAGGCCUGUUCUAUACCUCUGAGAUUGUCUGUGCCAUUGAGUACCUUCACUCCAAAGAGAUGGUCUACAGAGACCUCAAGCCUGAGAACAUCCUGCUAGACAGCGAGGGACACAUUCGCCUCACUGACUUUGGUUUCGCCAAGAAGCUCUCCGACAGGAUGAGGAGGAAGAUCCACACUGAUGAAGAGCACGGUGCCACCGUGCUGGUGAAGGAUGAAGAGAAGGAGGCUAACAGCUCAGAGGAGGCGGCUAACAGCUCAGAGGAGGAGGCUAACUGCUCAGAGGAGGAGGCUAACGGCUCAGAGGAGGAGGCUAACGGCUCAGAGGAGGAGGCUAACGGCUCAGAGGAGGAGGCUAAAGGCUCAGAGGAAGAGGCUAAAGGCUCAGAGGAAGAGGCUAAAGGCUCAGAGGAGGAGGCUCAAGGCUCAGAGGAGGAGGCUAAAGGCUCAGAGGAGGAGGCUAACAGCUCAGAGGAGGAGGCUAAAGGCUGA